ACCUGUCUUCACAGAGGGAAACUUGAAAUAAAGCACUGUAAGGGCUUUCUCUACUGAGGGAGUCUACAUAGAAGAAUUCAAUACAUGGUAGGCAAGCCCCUUUACCUCUGAGCCACACCCCUAGCCUUCAAAGAGCUCCAAGGUCUGUUCAUUUGUUGCCACUUGAAUAGUAUUUUUGAUAAGCAACUCCUGGGGUUAUUUCCCUGCUUCUGAAAAACUGUAAAUAAUUACAGGAUGCUGUUGAGCUGAAGAAAAACUUGAGCCUGUUUCCUGCCUCUGGUGGACAUGCUUGGCUGGCUCAGUUAUUUUUAUUACCUAUCAGAAACAAAUAGGUGGGAACAGACAUCACCCCUCCCCCAGUAUCCUUUAAAUUCUCACAAGCAAGCACGCCAUGGUUGUCAGCCAGGUUCUGUGAUCUUUGAGAGGUGCUUUCAUCCCUGGUAAAUUAAAUGAUCCCUGGGAAAACCCCUGGGAACAUUCCCUUUUGAGAUCAUGAGAAAGAGACCCAGGACCUGGUCAAAAGUUGCCUCACUCAGUAACAGUAAUGACUAAGUUUAUUGGUCCCUACCUAUCCCCUUGUCCUGCCCUGCCAUUAAAGGGGAAAAAAAGAAGAAAAAGAAAAAAAUGAAACCUGAACAGGAACUCCUAAUAAAUGCAUAAUUAUAAACAACAUUUUUGUUUUGAAUGUGCUAAAUAGUACUGUAAAUAGGUUUAAAGGAUAGCAUCCAAACAAGCAUACUUUUUCUUCACUUAACUCCAGUGACCGCUUACACAGAACUCCUUGAAGGAGUGUCCUCUUUCAUGGACUCUGCCUCCAGCAGUCUCCAGGGAGACACUGAAGCUGGAGUUGCCAAAGAAACUGGGGAGCAGACCGGACAGCAAGCACAAAGAAGAAAAGAGACCAUUGGGGAGGCACUUGGUAGUGCAGAGGUCCUGAGCUGAGCAUAAGGGAGAGCUGGGGCGUAAUGAGGUUUGAGUGGAAGAUGGCUCUAGGUACAUGUGAAGAUAUUUUGGCAGUUGAGUGUGACCUCUGCUGAUCACAUUGCUCUGAUUUCUACCUGUUCUGUGUUGGCAAAGGAACACGCCCAAAUGAGCAAGCUGCCGCAGCCAGCCACUACUCCAGGAGUGAACGGAAUAAGUGUCAUUCACACUCAGGCACAUGCCAGUGGCUUACAGCAGGUUCCUCAGCUGGUGCCCGCCGGGCCUGGGGGAGGAGGCAAAGCUGUGCCUCCAAGCAAGCAAAGCAAAAAGAGUUCACCCAUGGAUCGCAAUAGUGACGAGUAUCGCCAGCGCAGAGAGCGGAACAAUAUGGCCGUGAAAAAGAGCCGAUUAAAAAGCAAGCAGAAGGCUCAAGACACACUGCAGAGAGUGAACCAGCUCAAGGAAGAGAAUGAACGCUUGGAAGCCAAAAUUAAGUUGCUGACAAAGGAAUUAAGUGUACUGAAAGAUUUGUUUCUUGAGCACGCACACAACCUCGCAGACAACGUGCAGCCCAUCAGCACUGAAACUACAACGACAAAUUCUGAUAACACGGGGCAGUAGAUCUCCUUCCAGACAGCACAGCUUUGUGGCUUGAACGUGAGAGGUGCGACCACCCUGCAGCACUUGGUUCAAUGGCUGAGCGUGGUCCUGUUCCAUGGAGGUUAUUUUCUUGGCUCAGCACUGAACAGUUGAUUAGCCAGGUAGUUUAUCUGGUCUUAAAUGAUAAUGGAUUUUUGAAGCACUAAAAGAAAACUUGGGGUUUAUGGUUAAAACAAAAUUCUUGGACCUUAAUAUUCUUAAUAAAUCCUGACUUCCCCAGAAAUGCUUCUUUUCUAGGAAUGGGAAAAUGGAAGGUCAUAUAGAAGGUUUUGGGUUUUAAUGAGACAAUACCUUGGAUUAAGAAAAGCUGGAUUCCAUCUGUGUUUUUUGACUUGUGAUUUUAGUCUAAAUUGUGUAUUGUAAAUUCUAGGGCUUCAGAAACCAAUCAUAAUUUGGCCCCAUUUUAUAGUUAGUAUAAACCUGUGUUAGCAUAAUUGGCAUUGUUUUUCCCAACAAAUACAUAUUUUUUUAAAAUAACUUCAGGCAAAGUAAAGAAACCCCAUUCAGGUCACACCAAAGAGGUGGUUAAAAAUACAAAUUACAUUUAGGAAGGAAAGAAGUGUUUUGUUUGUUUUUUCCUCCCUUGUUUGUUUUAAAGGCAUAGAGAGAGUGGAUUGAACUCUGAGGGU